GCUCAGGCGCUGCCCACAAGACGCUCCAAACAUCAGACUCGCUUGCCCUUAGUAGCCAUGCCCAGCGGCGUAAUCCAUUGUAGGGAGAGGAUGAGAUGUCCCUUGUUGGUCUGAUGCACCUUCCCUGACUGGCCCUGGCUUCAUAAAUCAUACCGGCCGGCGACAUAGGAUCUGACCCCAGCCCAUGGCCUCCUACUGAGCAUUUUAUUUAUUUUUUACAUUUUAUUGUUAGCUCUACAUGACGGAGAUUAUCUGCUCUGCUGUUUUCCCAUCCUCCACCAUCUGAGCUUUAUUUGUCACCAGCUGCCGCUCACAGGGUCUCAGGGAGGGUCUCAGAGAGGGGUCUCAGGGGCUAAAUCUGAUCCCUUUGUUGGCUGAAAAUGGAGGAUAUCUCUCUGAUGACAUUCUGCAGCUGGAGUAUGGACACAAAUGUGGCGACUGAUCUCUCUCUGCAGGAUCCACCCCCUCUUAAACGACCCAGAGGAAGACCAAAAGGAAGCAAAAACAAAAAAGCUUCAGGAAAGGAUCCAAUAAGGUUUGAUGAUGUAGCUGUUUAUUUUAGUGAAGAUGAGUGGGAUACCUUGGAAGAGGCACAAAAGGGUCUUUACAGAGAUGUCAUGAUGGAAAAUUAUCAAACUCUUAACUCAGUGGGCUGUGCAUGUGUAAAACCAAAAAUUAUAUUGAAGAUUGAGCAAGGCAAGGACUCUUAUAUGAGCCAAUCAAAUUCUUCACCAACAGAAUAUGUUUCUAUGCUGAGGAGCACGAGAAAAGAAUCCUCUGCAGUCCCUGUCUCCCCAUCUUUAGUUUUAGAAGAUUUUGGGAUGCCUCAACAUGAUCUGAAAGAGGAACAGAGCAAAGCGAAGGUUACAAAUGAGAAACCGUCUGUGAACCCAAUAAAUGAACAAAGUUUGUGUGAUGUUAAAAUAAGUACUAGAAGGUUACGUGAAAGAAAGUGUUUUAUUAUACCGAAAGAUGCAUCUGAUGACGAAAGUCCAGAAAGUGACGAUUAUGAAAGUCCUGUUGAAUUAGUUGUAAAAAGAAAGGCUAUUUUGAAAAAGAGAAAAAAGCAUUAUGUGUGUGAUCAAUGUGGAAAAAGUUUUGGCCGUAACUCAGUGCUUCGAAGACAUCAAAGAGCACACUCGGGAGUGAAACCCCAUUUAUGUACAGAGUGUGGGAAACACUUUGUUCAAAAAUCUCAGCUAAUUGAACACCAACGAACUCACACAGGUGAGAGACCCUAUGUCUGCUCUGACUGUAAUAGAACAUUUAGUUUGAGCUCACAUCUUGUUCAGCAUCGUAGAAUUCAUACAGGGGAGAGGCCAUAUAUAUGCCCUGAGUGUGGAAAGAGUUUCAUCCGUGGCUCUGACCUAGUUCAACACAAGAGAAUUCACACAGGGGAAAGAUUGUACCCUUGUACAGAAUGUGAGAAAAGAUUUACUCACAAGUCAGCCCUUCGUCAACAUCGAAGAAUACAUUCAGGAGAAAGGCCAUACAGCUGUGAUAAGUGUGAGAAAAGCUUCAAUCAUAGCUCACAUCUGGUGAGGCACAUACGAACUCACACUGGAGAGAAACCAUACACCUGCACAGAAUGUGGAAAGCGCUUCACAGACAGCUCUCAUUUGAUUAACCAUCAGCGAACACACACAGGGGAGAAACCUUAUAACUGCAAUGAGUGCGGUAAAAGCUUCACUUACAAUGCAGGACUCAUACUGCAUAGAAGGACCCACACUGGAGAGAGACCAUAUGUUUGCAACAAGUGCGGGAAAAGCUUUAAAGGCAGCACACACCUACUGAGGCACAUGAGGAUUCACACAGGAGAAAGGCCAUAUGCAUGUACUGAUUGUGGGAAAACCUUCACAGACAGCUCUCAUCUGGUGAGCCAUCGGAGAAAACACACUGGAGAAAAGCCUUACACUUGCCUAACCUGUGAUAAACGUUUUGCAAUGAAGGCACAUCUCAAUCAGCAUCAGAUUAUACAUACCGGCAAACGACCGUACGAAUGCACAGAGUGUGGGAAAAACUUUACUUGGUAUACUGCUCUUUCCCAGCAUCAGAGAACUCAUCUUGGAGAAAAACCAUACGAGUGUAUUGAAUGUGGAAAAAGCUUUUCUCAGAAAUCAACACUUACUGUACAUAAGAAAAUCCACAGGGAGCAGUUGGCUUAUGUGUGAGGUGUAUAAUGUUUCUAUUUAGUUUACUCUACUGUACAUUAUUUAAUAUGCACUUUGAUGUAUAUUAUACAUGCUAAGGCACAGCAUAUUUAUAUUGGCUACUUUUUCAAACAUUGUUCCUGUGUAGAAAGACUUUACCAUAUUUAGAAACCUAUAUGAAAACUUCCCCAAAUCUUAAAUGCAUGUACCAUACUUAGAAAUAAAUAGGACGUAGUGGGAGAUUAAUCACAUAAUGGUAAAUUAAUUGUCUUGUUAUAAUGAAAAGUAUAUGUAUAUUCAGUCUAGUUCUGUCACUGUGAGAAGUAACUUGUGAAAGUCACACAUAGUUAUGUAGGAGACGGCAGAUCUUUCUGGCUCCAAAGAGGAUAAUGCCAACACAUUAUGACCUAUAUAAUACAUUAACAUGCACUUAUUUAAAACAUUCAAAGAAGAAGAUAAGAUAAAAAAUGUUCUAUUCACUUAAGUAGCUGAGCUAUCCUAUUUUAUAAUCUGUAUAGCAUAACGCUGAGCUGUACUUUAGCAGCAAUGAUUCUGAUCAUCCUGUUGGCCAUCCCUGCUUAAUUCAAUAUUUUAUUAGACUGAACAGGUAAUGUAUAAUCAUCCAGUGAAGACGCUGUGCAACACUUAUCAAUUACACUAAGUUAUUGGGACAAAUGCUGUCUUACCUACACAACAUAUUAAAAUUGAUGUCCUUCUGGAACUGCCUCUAAAUAGCCUACCAACUGAUUUAUAAUACAGUAAUAUCACAGACUGUAGCUCUUCUAACUAUAGAACUUGCAUGAAAAUGCUUUUUACCUAAUAUAUACAUUUGUUCACUACCUUGUACCCAUAUUCAGUUAGCUUCGGAAGUCAAAUGUGAAGUACCCCAUAUUAUUAUUAUUUUCAUAGAAGUUCUACUUUAGCUACAGGCCCCUUAUAUGUUUGUUUCUGAAUGAUAUUCACAUUCCCCUCUUCACUGUUAAACCGUUUCAUAACAAUGUUAUUUCCUAAAGGAGGACUUAAAGCGGAUCUGUCUGUUUCAGGGGGUAUUUGCAUAUUUCGCAAAGACCCCCAAAAUGGACAGAUCCAGUGUGGGUUUAGUGGCUACGGGAAAGUGGAUUUUACUUAUUUCAGGCUGUCCCUUGUGGCCACCGCCAUCCUUUUGCUGGAGGUCCUCUUUAGCUCCUGGCACUUCAGGUGCUAGGAGCCACGAGAGUACAACACUGAGGUCUAUGGAGGAGACAGCAGGAUCCUGCAUAGACAGACCCUGAAUCCCACAACCCUCAUUUGUGACAGCUGCUGGGAUUGGACAAGAGUUGACCGUCAAGCUCUGACUUUUUUCAACUUUUGUUAACCUGAUGCUUGUACAUAUAACAAAGUAGUCCCUACUUUGUCUUGUGGUAUUUUUGGAUUGCAUUUGAAUUUCAGUGAAAUUUCAACACAGUCUUGAUCAGUAUUUUAUAAAGAAUAUAUUUUAAUGAAAUACUGAAAAGUGACAGAUCAGUUUUAAGCUGUAAUUUAGACUAAAUGAGCAUUAAUUAUCCUCAAAUGCGGAUAUAUUUUUUCCAUAAGGAUGCAAUCAGUAGUAACAAGUGGGUUUUGAAAGGGUUUCUCAGGAAGGACAGGUUGAUCCUAAACUAUUAAAAUUAUUAGUAAUAAUAUACCCCAUCCCUACCUAGGUCUCUGGCUACUGUAAAACAGUACCAAGCCCCAAACCCUUCCCUCUUGGGAACAGGCUAGGCAGAGCAUUCACUUUAUUUUCAUACUGUAGUGCUGGGUUGAAUUCGAGAGUUCUGCUGCAGGCAGACCGCCUCGGUUCUCUGGGAUUGCCCACCAUACAGACAUAGUUUCUGCUGCUUCCUUCCGCCUAGCCAAACCGUUUUUUGAAAUGGCUUAAGCACGUGUGAGGAUGUGCGCUAGGCAUAGUGGUAGAACACACCCACAGGUUGCUUUUUCUGGCAAUCGAGGAGCGCGACUGUGGUUGACACGGGAAGCUAAUAUUUGAGCGCCAAGAUGUAGUAUCUAAAUUUUACCCACUGAUUUGUUUUAUCUCCUUACAUCCCACUUGUUACUACUGCUGCUAUCUGUAUGGAAAAGGCAAUUUACACUCUGUACUUUUUCUUUUUCAUAGGCUUAGCUGCAGUGUAGAUCCCCUUCUUUAUGAUAAAUCUUGUACUUUUGCAAAUAAUUGGUGUCUUGUUACUAUUCUGGGGAGUUUGAAGUCUGGUACGAUCUUAUAGUAUCUGGAGGUAGAGAUAGUGGUGGGGAUAUUAUUACCAAAUAUUUUAGGUUCUGCUUGGUCUUCCUGUGGAACAGUUGUAAAACCCACUUGUUACUACUGCAGCUAAUCCUAUGGAAAAGUACAUUUGCAGUGAGUAAAAUACUGUUUUUUGUUUAGUUUUUUCUUCUUUAAGCAUGCACUUUUAAUCCCAUAUUGGUAGCAUUUUUAUGCAUUGACAUUGUGGUUUUACUUGGCUUAUUAAUAUUUUUAUAUUAAUAAACAUUAAUGUUUUACUCAGUAUUGGAAGUCAUACCUGAUGGCAGUUUAUUUGCUAUUAUUGUCACUCACAGGGAGAGUAGAAAUGAUUGAUUAGUUUGGUCAAAAAUACAUUGUCUGAAGAAAUAAAAAAAGUAGAAAACCGGUAGUUUUCUCAUGGUUUUUAUUUUGACAUAAUAAAUCCCUUUUUCAAGUCCUA